GGCAAGGAUGGACAAAUUCAGUGCAAACCGUGUUCAAAGGGGAGGUUUUCUACUGGUGUGAAAUGUGCUACAUGCAAAGUUGGUCAUGUAGCCUUUCCAGGCAAGCACUAUUUUUUGUGGAGGAAUGACACAUUACCAGAAGGCUUCUCUGCUUCUUGUUCCGGUGACUGUACUAUUGAGGUUUGUCAAAUAUUGAGAAGUUCUUUAAAAACUAUGUCGAUUGUUUUCAAGAUGGCGAGAAACACAGCUAGGUGCUCUCCUAACCCUUUAAGUCUCAAUUGUGACAAACAUCAAUUUUCUCCUAACAAUAUCCAUUUUUUUGCCAAGAGAAAUAGUUAUGAGAGUUAAUAAAAUGAUCACUAAAGAGCAAAUGCUUUGAUCUGUUAUCAAACUCUCUCUUUUAAUUCUUGAAGGAAAUGUAUGGAGAUCAGUAUGGAGAAUUUAUAUUUGGAUAUUGGGGCUUAAAAGGGUUAAUGGACUAUAAGUAGUUCCUUAGGGAUAGUAGAGCGAGCAGAUGCACGAACGCGCGUGAAAAUCGCAACCCUCGAAGAAGGUCCUCCCUCCACGUGUCAUCCUCGCGGCUGGUCAUUUCUCACGCAUUCUCCUAUUUUGCUCGAACUACUAUUCCUCAGAAGAAUGAGGAAGAACUUGACUGUUAUAGGUAACUGUUAUGUCUCCUGAGCGUUCUUUAGGGACCUUACAAACUACGACGGCGACGGGAACCUCAGAAAAGCAAAGCAACAACUUUGCGCGGGCAUCACUUUUUUGACUUUGCCUGCACAACUAAAAAUGGUCAAAUUUUAAGUUUACUUGAGAAGGGGAACGGCAAGGCGAUAAAUUCUACCAUCUCUGUCUGAACUCGUGCGCGGUCCCAUGCCUUCACUUCCAACCUAAAUUCCUUCUUUUUAAGUAAUAGGGCGACUUGGGAUAAUCGCGAAAUAGUUUCAACGGAUGUAAAGUCUAUUUUUACGCGGCGUUUUCGUGGACGUCGCCGUUGUCGGGUCGUAAGGUCCCUACUGAAAGUUCUAAAUAACAAGUUUUGAAAAACUGUUAAGUAGACUUGUUUUUAAAAGACCCAAGUGCACUUGAUCUGGUGACAGGCUCAUAAUGGCUAAAUUUGGCUGAAUUCCGGGACUCAGCCUCUUUAGGUAAUAGGAGACAGAACAGUCUGUCCGGUUUACAGUCAAGUCGCCCAAAAUUUUAUCAUGCCCAGCAACAUCCUAACAUCUUAAUCGCCCUUGUUUCGUUUCAUCAAAUCUUCAAGAACAAGAUGUAUUACUCAUUUGCUUGUUUCAUUUCAUCAAGGCUAAAAGAAUGAGAUAUGAUACACAUUCAUCCCCCUUAUUUCGUCUAACCAUAGCAUCAUUGCUUGAAGAACGAGAUUUGAUUACACAAUUGGCCUGCUUGUUUUGUCUCAUGAGAUAUAUUACGUACACUCCUUACAAAAAUUUCGGGCGACUUUACUAAAAAUUUCUAGCAAUUUAACUUCGGGCGAUUUGACCGGUUACUGUCUGGGUUCCCCAUGUAAGGUUAUCCAUGGCAGUCUUGGAUGCUGGAUUCCAGAUUCCUUGUCAGUGGAAAAUUGUAUUCUGGAUUCCAUGUCAAUGGAACCUGGAUUCAGAAUUCCAAUCAUUAGCCGGAUUCUGGAUUCCUUGAGCUGGAUUCCGGAUUCCAAAGCCCAGGAUUCUGGAUUUCACAAUCAAAUACUUUCCAGAUAAAUUCCGGAAUCUGGAUUACCUUACGUAGAUUUUCCUGAAAACCAGAAUGAAUAAUCUGAAAUACCUUUUUUCUAGACUGGUUGGAUUCCAGCUGGGGAUCACAUUCGCACAGAACGUGUUGUGGGUAAUGUGCACUCUGAAUUGAGGUCUCCUGAAGUAGAGGUGGAUUCAGAUUUAGCAAAGGUCGUCUUCAGCUGCUCAGUCCUGUGCAAUUUGACCGGAGUGCCAUCUAAACCCGUGAAAGGCGAGACUUUGGCUAAAAUAGAGAACUGCAAUCUCAUAUUUCAAGUGUGGAAGAAUGGUUCUCUGAAGGAUCAAGUAAACUGUACUCGUCCUAAAGGGAAGUAUAUUUAUCAACAUGAGAAGCGACGAGAUGGUAAUUAUGUCAUGCAUGUUUAUCCACUGGAGAAGGGAAGAUAUCAGUUCAGGUAACAGUUGAGACCUUUUCGGAGGAGUUCACGCUCAUAGUUGCAUCAUGGGUAAUCAGGGCAAGAUGGCGGGAAAUUCAAAGAUUUGUAUUGGAAUUCAAAGCCAGCUAAUCCUUCCUGAAUUCAUAUAUUUGAUGCUUUCUCUUUGAAAAGAGUAGCUUACGAGUUCAAAGAAACAAUACACUAAAUCUGGAGUGCAAAGAAUACUAUCGACUUUUCAAAGAGAAAGCAACAAUUGUCUGAAUUCAGGAAGAAUUAGCUGGCUAUGAAUUCCAAUACAAAUCUUUGCAUUUCCCGCCAUCUUGCCCUGAUUACCCAUGAUGCAGCUAUGAGCGUGAACUCCUCUAUUGUAAGACGAGGACAUUUCGAGAACGAGAUUUUCUCAAUACUAAGUAGUGCGCAGGCGUGAACCAGCGUCAUUUUGGAGGAAAAUCGUGAUAACCAUCGUCACUCUACUACGAGUUUUGCCGUAGUGGCGGAAACAUGUUAUCAAAUGUUGGAAGUUGGAUCAAUAUUUGCGGUCGGGAGAGUGCUAAUAACUUUUGUGGUGAAAAAAGUACAAUUUUUGGAUUUUAAUACUACUGAAACCGAAAUGUUUAAGUUUAAGGGCCUUUCUUUUGGUUACAGAUGGACGUUCUACCAGCUAGACGACACUUUCUCUUCAGCAUUUGAAGCGAAGGUAUCCAACAUAAGCAUCCUUGGUGCAAAGUCUGGCGCGGCUCGCAACUGUACAGCAUGCCCACCUGGAUAUCAUAGCACACCAGACAACACUGACUGUAGAAUUUGUCCAAAUGGAACUAGCAGUUUAGCAGGUUCUUAUAAAUGCGCUCCUUGUCAAGGGCAGACUUUUGCCGCACAGGUAUACAGCUUCACGUUUGCUACAAGAGUCAGUGAGGGUUCAGUCACACACACUUUGUCGUUUUGUGGUUAUAGCUUCUAAACAAUGAACACUUUGUUAUGAGUUGUGAGUAAGCCGGUCAGUCAUUCAGUUAAUCAGUUAAUCAGUCAAUCACUUUAUCAACCAACAGUCAGUGAGUCAUACAUGAUUUUCAUAUAUUCAUAACUUCGUCAGUGAGUCAGUUGGUCAGUCUGUCAGGAAGGGAGACAGUCAGUUAGUCAUUUAAUUAGCCAACCAAGCAGUCAGUCAGUUAGACAGUCAGUCAGCCAGCCAGUCAGUCUUUCAGGUUAUUGGUCCCUCAGUCAGGCAGUCUGGUAUGAUGGUCAAGUAGUCAGUUAGUCAGCGAGCCAGCCAGCCAGCCAUUUAUUCAUUCCUGGCCAUAUGAAUGCUAGACAGUAAUCAAAUGGAAACAUGACCCCCCCUUAACGCAUCUGUCAUACACCAUGUAGUAACCUCACUUUGAAAUUAUUCUCGGAGAUCGAUUUACGUUGAGUUAUUUCUUGUGUCUUGAUGCCUGAGCUAGUGUUUUGUUUGUUUGUUUAGAAGGGUAGUGAAGAAUGCCUUCCUUGUGGAAGCAAUACAACAGUUCUACCAAACAGAGAUGGCUGUGGUACAAAUGGAUGUACAUUCAGUCCCGCACCUGGUGUAGAUUAUGACCUCUCUGCGCUUUCCCGUCCCGGCGGAUCAAUGAUUAAAGUAAAUUUACCAGGACUACACCCAUGGGGUCGAAGGUAAUUUCCUUUCCUUCCCUUAUCCGCUCACCCAGAGUAUUUAAGGGUUGUAUUUGUUACGACCAAGAGGGGGUCGGAAAAGUUGUGGAGGAAGGUGUCUGCAGUCAUUACUGCUGUUUGUAAUUGGCUCAAAGCCCUCAACUGAUUCUUGACAACCAACCGGCGUUGACCAACUUUUGGAAGAUGCGAGCAGUCGAUGGUAUAUUGGAAUGGAAACGAGGUUGAUCGAUGGAUACAUUUUCCUGGAAACGAGGCUGAAGGGGAAUAGACCAUUGAUCAACCUCGUUUCAAGGUGCGGCCGCCUAGCCGUUUAUUCACGAGUGGACUAAGGAAAUUGCGUUCACGGCUAUCCAAAGACGAAAUAGCUAAAAUUCGAACCAGAGAUUUCGGAAAAAAAAAUCUGAACGAAAGAAAUGCAAGAGUACGCAAAACAUAUUGUUCGAUGGAUGUUAUGUACUUUUUGAGGAUUAUCUGCAAAAAAAAAAAAUGUUUGAAUCUUGAAACCGUACCGAGGAAUAGGCAAAACCUUAGAAGAAAGUCUUCGAGGAUAUAAGCUAAGAUCUUAGAAAUCUUUUGAAUGAAUAAUAAAACAAUUAUUGAAUUCGGCAUUCAUAUGAUGUGAGGAAUCAUGUUAUCCACCUCAGGGUAACAACCGGUUUUGCUACUUGUCGAAUUCUCUACGUCUUAGUUCGCAACAAAUUCGCUACAUAUUACUUUCUAUAAACCACUGAAAAUAUUCCCUUAGUCGCUUUAGAAAAAAAUCUUUUAAUGUAUUUCUUGCAGUUUCGGGCUUUAUAGGCAGCGAGACGAAUAUGUACGUGGGCCUCGGCACACCCAAAGGACGAGACUCAAACGAACUCGAACGUAGCGAAGUUGUGAAGUAGCGAAACCGUUGUAAAGCCACCUCGGCCUUCAGCCUUGGUGGAGAACAGUCUCCUGGAUCUUCAUAAUAGACCCUCCCUCUGUUUAUUCAACUUUUGAUAUGCACCAGUUAAGGAAAACCGUCGAUACCACUGGAAAGAUUGCCUUGAAAUUAAUUUUAUUGCCAAUUUCAAAGUGAUACGUCUAAAGCGUUCGAAGAUGUAAUAGCUCCGCUAGGUUGUGAAAAUUUACGGAUGUUUGUAUGGUGGGGGGCAAGUUUGUGCCCCCACCCCUCUCCCCCGCCCCCCACCACACCAUACAGACGUCGGUAAAAUUUGGAUCAUUAUACCCUAACCCUAACCCUAACCCUAACCCUGGGAAAACUGCCCACCUACCCCUCCCCUAAGCCACAUUAACACUUACUUCUCACUUAGGGCAAAAUGUUGGCAUAGGGGAGGGGUAGGUGGGCAGUUUCCCAGAAACGUAUAAUCAUCCAAAUUUUACAAAAAUCCAAUUUUUUUUUACAAUUUCGCGAGUUUCGGGAGCUAUUUCUUCAUUAGUUUUUACCAAAUCACUUUCAAACUUGGCAAUUUUAUUAAUUUUAGGGUGCUCUUUUCAGAGGUGUCGACGGAUUUUCCUUAACUUGUCCACGUCAAAACUUGAAAACUAUUGCUAAUUAUCUUCGUUUUCUUGUUAUUGCUUUCUUUCUUUUAGGUGGUUCAGCUAUGGCUUUAUAUAUUUUUACCGUUCAGAAUAUUAUUUCAACCUUUGCACCGUUGAUCACGACAAUAGCUCGUGCACAUCUCGUGACUGGAUCAGCGGUAAAAGAGUUCCCCUUCCCGUGAUGGCUUGCAGUUCCUCUUGGUACAAUGACGUAAGCAUUGGGUCCGUGAUUGGCUACAAACGAAAACCGGAUAUCCGCUCUGGCUUGAUUGUGGAGUUGCUUCACGGUGACAAAUGUUUCUCUGGAGGUGAGUGCAGCCAACGAGUUGUUAACAAAUUGUAAGAAACAGUAACAGAUUGAAAAUUGAACACAAUAGAGGAGAGAGGUCGUUACCUCAUGUUGCCAUGAUAGCAAAAUUUCUAGAUCUCAACAAACGGAAAAUUUGAAUUCGCACUGUUUUAAACUUCAUCGCUCUUAGUCAAUUUCAUUCGAUUUGUCAAAUGUUGGCGAAAUUUUCUCGGGUUGAAUCCUAAGUUUAGAAAAAGAAAAAGAAAAUUGUUGUCUUUUGUUCACGUAUUCCAUCAAGCGGGUGCCGUGAAAUUAGGAUUUUUCAUGUCGCAGUCGUUCAACGACGGCUGAGAAAUGUACCAAAAAAACCGUGAUGUAUGUGCAGAGUUGUUGUUUUGCUAAUAUAAACAUAUUCCUUUUUUGCCGUUCUCGUUGCCGUCGCCGUCGUCUUUGCUUAAGCUCCCUAUUGUUGUGAUCCAGAAAUUUUGCUACCAUGGUAACGUGACAUUUCCCUCUCCUCUCCAUAGCAAAUGCUAACCACAAAUUAAAUGCAUUCGUCCUCCAUUACAAUCCCAUAAUGCAAUUCGAAACAACACGGACUUGGUCUAAGGCUAUGUUCACACGGUAUCGGACGAAUUUUUGACCGGCUGAAAAUUCGUGCGUUUAGUUUUUGGGUUCACACGGAACCACCAUAACCGUUUGAAAAUGUAGACGCCUAGCCGUUGAAGAUUUGAGGACGAGUACGAGAUUUAACUGAAAGUUUUUGCGCGUGUUCUCAAUAAAAGAAACCCGGAAAGAUUGAUUUUCCCGCCAAAAUGACGCUGGUUCACGGGCGCGCACUACUCAGUAUUGGGAAAAUCUCGUAUUCGUAGUCGUCCUCGUCUCAGAAUCUAAAGCUCUCUAAUGUUUCGUGUGAGCAGAACGAAAAUCUUGAACUGUGCCAUGUGGACCAAGUGUGCGGUCGAAAUUUCGUCUGGUGUCACUGUGCACGUAGCCUCUGUCGCCUCGGUCGCAACACAGGCGGCCCAAACUCACGUUACGAGGAAAGGGUUUAAAGUAAUUUACAUACCAUAGAUGACGCGUGAACGCGCCGCUGUCGCGUUACAGGCGACCGUUGAAAAUAAGAGACUUUGUGUAAGAAAUAUAAUACUGAGCCCUGCGAACGUUAAAUAAUGUUAAAUCUAAGUUUUCCUUCAAUGAAAUGAAUAAAAAAGACUUACCUGCGAUGUAUUCCACUGUGUUUUGGUGUCUGCUUGUCGUUUUACUGUUUUGUUUUUGUUUGUUUUUUUUUUUUUUGGGGGGGGCUUUUUGCGUAGCCACUGUUACUCCCUUUCCUCGUAACGUGAGUUUAGGUCGCCUGUGAUUGGACUUGUAAAAGGCGCGAAAGGAGAGUGGACACCUUGACACGUGCUGUUGUCACGGUGACGAUCGCGACCAGUAAUACCUACGAGGAUCUAACGCGCUCUCUCAAACAAUAGAAAGCUUAAGCAACGGCGUCGUCGACGGCAACAAAAACGGCAAAAGCAAUAUAUUUAGGUUAGUAAAAGAACAAAUUUACCUGUGCAUCACGCUUUUUUGCCAUUUCACAUGUCUUUAUCGACAUUGCACAAUUCCAUAUUUCACGUUUUAUUGAACUUGGAUACAGUCCGUUGGAAUUCAAGUUUAAAGUAAGGUUUCCGCUGCCUUCGGUCGCAGUCGUAGUUGCUUAAGCUCCACUAUACCGUGAUUGAAGCUUCCUACCCAUCACCUCACCCGAACGGAACUGAAGGCGGACCUUAAGCGACACGCGUGCCAAAAAAAUAUUUAUCGUAGGACUUGAGCUAUGGUGUGUUUUUUGAUUCUGUCUGAAGGAAAGAGUGGCCGAUUCAAAACAACUAUUGACCUCAGAUGUGACGUCACAGCAGGAGUGGGUCAGCCAGGAAGAGAGAGCAACUUCUCUUUAGUUGUUCAACAGGGCUGUGACGUUCAAUUUGUUUGGAAGUCCUUGUACGCAUGCCCGAAAUGCCAAGAACAAGACAUUACGCGGAUUAAGGGAGAAUGCAUAAACGGAACCCGGAACGUCACGGUACUGCGUUCUAUCCCAUGCUGGGCACCUGAUGAAUCCCCCGGCGCUAAUGUCACGACAGAAGAGUGUGUCACGCCAACUAAAUUUGUCACGGUUACAGUCACGGCUACUGUUCUGGCUUUUAGAGAAAAGGUAUCAAGCAAAGUAAACAAGAUUUUGAUUGGCGUGGGAGUAGUGGUGAUUGUACUUUUAUUGGGCGUGGCUUUGUUCUUUGUCUACAAGCAUCGCACGAUCAAGUAUCGGUACUUGAAUUGGAUGUCACGUAAUAAACCCAUGAGUCGCCUUGAACAAGAAGAUGACGAAGAUCACUUUAUCGAGGGUGACGAACUCGCUUACCCCUCAAACGAUAAAGAUGAGCCAUUCCCAACCUGA